ACACAGUCAGGUAAGACUUUUUUCUCUCUCAGCCAAAAAGUUACCUUUCAUUGGGACAAGCAGUACGUCAAAUCUGCUGUCUUCUGGAUCUCAUUCUCUCUUACUGGAUAGGUGUUUGAUCUAUUUUUUCACUUGAUUUUAAAUCAUUGAAUAGCAAAGUAACUCGCUGGGUCUUAUUGGAUUUAAACCCACGGCUGACUGUGCUCGUUUAGUGGACUACAAAAGUGUUGGUGUCUUUUGUUCGGAUUCUUUAGUGUUUUUUUGUUUUUUUUCAACUGGACUUAAUGUGACCCGAAUGAACCAAUUCUAAAAUUAAAACUUUUGGACCUCAACAGCCUUCAUGACCAACACGGGUGGACCUCUGACCAGACCCGACGUUUAAAAUCUGAUACCAGACUUAAAGAAUGGUUAUUCAACGCUUACCAACCACGCCUCUGAUCAAAGAGGUACUCUACAUCGGGAGUGCUGUGCCCCUGGAGACGUCAGAAGGCCUCGAGGCUAUUCAGCAGCCUCUGAGGUCACGGUACCCCGUGGACAAUGACGAGAACAUUCAGGGCAUCUUAGCCGUGCUGACCAUCGUCCCUGCCGGGAUCCAACUUAAAUACAAAACUGACCCCACCAACGUGGUUCUUUUUCCCUUCGCCGCGCUGACCAUGUGUGCCGCAGUCCGGUGCGUCAAGACCAGCAACGCUUCUACCGGAGAUCUCUCCGUCAGAUUCGUAUCCCUCACGUCACCGGAAGCCGGUGGACACAACAGUGACCGUCCGGUCAUAUUUACGGCCAUCACCAGGAGGACAAAAGGCAGGCAAGUCUUGGAGUGCCACGGCUUCAUUACAGAGACGCCCAAAGACGCCAUGGACUUGGUCCAAUGGACCGCCAUCAUGGACAAGCGAAGCAAAGUCGGAGGCUAUUCUACGCUAUCCAGUGGUCACCAGUCGGCUACGUAUGAACCCAUUAAAGUGGACACUUCCUUUCAGACCGAAACCGCCUCGCUGCCGGACUUUCCGAUACAGUUGACACCUGGGGAAUCUAUGGCGGUCAACACCUCACCUGCAUUUUACAAAGAGCCCCCCUCCACGGGGUAUUUCUAUUCCACAAAAAAUGCGCAAGUUAAAAAAUAUGCUUUGCACAAAUUUGGCGGUGCCUCCUCUGUUGCAGACGACACACACUCAGUCAUUAUUCCAGCUGUGGAAACAGCACCAGGCUACGCGGCCUCUCAUUAUUCCGCCUCUGCCAUCGUGCCCCCCUCACGGCCCCCCAUCGUUGUUCCCUUAAGGCCUUACAUACCUCCCCCUCCUCCGCUGAUGAGGCCAGUGUUGAUGGCCCCAGCCCCAAUGGCACAGCCUAUCUACGCUUUCCCUAGGCCACGCUUCUUUUCUCCCCCGCCCCCUGCUACAAUCUUACGGGCGAGACCCGUCCCCGUGUUUGUCCCGCCACCACCCAGCACCGUAUACUACGACGUUGACCCACGCGCCAGACCCAGGCACAGGAGCUUCUCCUCCAGGUCCGCCUCGUCCUCCUCUUCUUCGCCCGACACAUCACGAGUCAACGGGCACACCUCCAGGAAAAGCCGAACUAGCAACGUACGAGAUGACUCUAGCGUUUCCAGCUCCAGGCCGCGAACGCCGCCCACAGAUUACGACGCCCCCAAGGGAUUCACUCGACUGAGCAGAAGAUCGGAGUAUUACCAGCGCCAGAACGGUCUGCCCUAUCAUCAAAAUGGGACAUUGCCUGGGUACACGUCAGCUAAAGGUCUUCCUGUCCCUAGCAACGGAUUCUACGUGGUCCCGCAGUAUGGCUACUACGGUACCAGCGAACGGCCAAAGUCCGUGCCUCCUUACGGCAGCAAACACAGCAGCAAGAAAAAGGAGAAAAAGUCCAAAAAGAACAAAAAGGACAAGAAAAAAGGCUCCAAAAAGAAUUCAAACGGACUCGAUGAGUCCUCGGACAGUCUCGCGGGAUACCACUCGGAAGUCGGCCAAAACUCCGACAGCCGUCAACCGCGAGACUUUCGUCGUUUUGAGAAUCAAUUCAAACACGAGAGAGCUUUCUCGAAAUCUCUCUCCGAGGAGACCAGGCAUUCGGUCCGCGGGGACACCACGCAUGACGCCUACGCCCUGAACACCAGCAUCCACCCCAACGACAAAGAGUUCCCUAUGUACUAAUAGAAACUUGUAGAGAGACGCCAGAAAUACGGGCUGCAAUAACUUCUUCCAAUCUUUGUUCUUUUGGUGUUAUUUUUUUAGUAUUUUUUUUUUUGGUGUGUUUGAUUUAAGAAUAACAUCUUUACUUUAUGUUUGCGUGUUAUCAGAUGACUCUGUUUAUUCUUUUAUACGGGAGAAAGUUAAAGUGCACAGAAGAAAAAAAUAGUCUCCUAAAAAUUGUUCCUUGUCACCUAUAGUCAGCGACAUUGUUCAACAUCACAGCAGGAUUAGAGAUUACUACUCAUAGCCUAAUUACGUCAUUACAGCUUUCUGCAAACGAAACAAAAACCGAAUGAACUUUGAACCUUGAUUCAAGCAUUCUUCCUGGCCUUAGUCUUGAUACGUUGAAGUGUAUUGUACGCAAAAGAGUUCCUGGUAUCAAAGAUUUAGUUAAGAUGUUCAUGCCAGGUUUUUGCACGCUCUCAGACCAAACCCGGUAUAAAUUUGGACUUUUUGUUUAGACCUCGCUUCAUAUGAAGGAGGCAAUUAGUCAUUGUGACUUCUGUCACAGCUUUUUUGUCUUUGUACACAAGUGUCCCUACUCCGUCUUGUCAGGUAAAAUUGUAAAAGUGCAAACCAUUGACUACUGGACUCUAUCUAGGCCUACAUUUUGCCUUUCUUUUUAAAACUUGGAUUUGAAAAUUCACAUUAAACACUGAAUACGGCGUAAAUAAUUUAUAUCCAAAUAAUGAAAUAGAAACAUUUUUAAAAAGCGAAAAAUAACAUUACGAAACGAAUUUAAAUCUUUCUGCAUCUAUUUCUAAAACAGCAAAUAAAAUCUACUAUAUGUUUAUGAAAUACCACUGACUUAUUGAUAAAGAGAACUCUUAAACCGUUGUACGGAUCCGCAUGAAAUUUCGUACACAGGUUCCUUAUACCACCUAUAAAACUCAUAUAGUGCUAUUCCUGUAGCAUUCAGUAUGACAUCUUGAAUCACAGUAGAGACUUAGGAGAAGAGUCUUAUAGCUCUGCUAUGUUUGAGAUUUGAUCCAAGUUUCGCAAUGUUUUCUCUAAAAAAAAAUUUUGAGCUCUGUGCAAGGCUCCCACCUUUUGGAGGCCCUAGGCGGCUGCCUAGUUUGAGGCCGGCCCUGAAACAAAGAUUCCACUUCAAGCUAUGAGAGACGCGACAUUUAUUCAGAAUUCAAAGAGAGAGAACUCUUACUUCAACGUCCGGCAACUCUGACACACCCACUUGGGAAAAAAUUAUUUCAAACGGGGGCCAAAAAUUAAGCUAUAAUCUAAUAGCCAGGAUUGUAAUGGAGUGUCUUUAAAUGUGUCUUUAAGUGUGUCUCCUGAUUUGUCCUUACGACAUAUCAAUUAAGGAAUUUUAACUUCAUUGGCUUGCAAGCCAAGUAGAGCUAGGUGUUUUUCUAUAUCUCCCUCUUUAGCACUUGUUUUAAUCUACAUCGUGGAAUUUCCUUCAUGGAUUAUACUAUUUCUAAUGGAUACAGCGACUCAUUCAGCUGGAUAAUGGAUAAGGAAAAUCGUUAUUACUUUAACAGUGUGGGCGGUUAAUACAGAAAUGUUUAAAAUGUUGUUUAUUCUCUUUGGUUAGUUGUGCUCUAACUAAUGUUACUGCUAAGAUCAAUCGUUUAUCUCCCUUGAAAAGUAUAAAUACAUAUUUAUAAGGGGCCGAUAAUAAAUCAUGUGAGCUUGAAUUGUGACUUCCAUAACUAAAUUCUAUUUAUAUACUUGAAUUAUUUAUAUUCUUUAUCUCUAAACUGUUUAUCUUGUCUAUGUCUGUAUACUAACAUACAUUUUGUCUAUGUAUUGUUCUUGGUUUUGACAUAUAUCUGUCUUUUAGGCUCUACUUUCACAAACUAGCAAGGGCGCAGGCGCCUAGUACCUACGCCUUGCCACGGAACCUUUUUGACCAUAUAUUUAAUGAACACAUUUUGUGGCACAUAAUAUGACAUGUAUAUUAUCAAGUUAUUACAGGUUUUGUUUUUAAUGGAUUCAAUAGACGAUUUUUGUGUUAACUAAUCUUAUCGGUUGAUACAUGCAAUAUGUGAUUGUAAUACUAAGUCUAAUGGUCUGAUGCUGUUACUGCUGCCAAUUUUGGUUGUUUUUAGUACUGCUAGAGAUGUUAUAGAUAUAGAGAUAUCAUAUUCUGGGAUUUAAGUUUUUAUAGCGCUAUGAAUAUUAUUUAAUUAAUUAUUUAAUGUGUUUAUAUCUUUGACUUGUACUCAUUUAUGCAUAUAGUAGAGUUUUUAAAAUCUUGUGUGUUUGAGUUAAGAAUGAGUUUAUGAGUAAAGCUGUUUGUCUUACUAUUUUACACACUACAUGGUAAGCUUAUCCGCAUCUCAAUCAUCCACAUGCCAAUCUUCCACAUCUCAAUCAUUUACAUCUCAAUCAUCUAAAUUUAUUUUAAUUAACCAGUUCCCAAUCAUCAACAUGUCAAGCGAUGACAUCUCUGUCAUCCACACCUCAAUCGCCAAAAUCUCAAUUAUCCACAUCUUAAUCAUCCACAUGUCAAACAAUGACAUCUCGGUUACCCACAUGUCAAACAUUGACAUCUUGGUCAUCCACACGUCACUCUUCCACAUCUCAAUCUUCCAUAUUUCAAUCAUCCACGUGUCAAACAUUGACAUCUCUGUCAACCACAUGCCAUAUCUUCCAUAUUUCUAUCAAAUCAACAAUGUAGAUCUAUGUCCUUAUUAUCAGCAGAGUGAAUUCUUCAGACAGUCAUCAGGGCCUCUCACCUCUUAACAGUCUAUGCUAAAAUAUGUAAACAUUUUCAUUUACUGUGAGGCAUUCCCACAGACCUAUAUAUAUUAUAUCUAGACUGUAAAACACAGACCUAUAUAUAUUAUAUCUAGACUGGAAAACGGAAACUAAUUCUUAUCCGCGAUUGAUCAACUCACAGACCUAUAUAUAUAUAGAUUGUUAUGUAGUAAUCACAGAACUAUAUAGUCACGCAAAUUCAUGAAAUAAAGCCAUUUCCUGUUAGUUUCCAUUAAGAUCAUACUUCGAAAAUACUAGAUCGAAAUAAUUCACGUCUAUUGAUUUUAGUCAACUUAUGUAAAUUUUAAAAAAUGAGUAUUUAGAUCAUUUUAGAUUAUGUAUCUAAGAUAUACAAAAUAAUAAUUAUGAGACGAGAGUGCUCUUAUUUUCGAUGUUCAAUUACUAGAUCUAGAUCUAAAAAUUAAAUUAUAUGUUACAUAGGUUAAGGUUGAAAAAAAACAACACUUUACUUCUUAUAAACUACUUUACAAAACAAAGCCUUGAUCCAACAUUUUAAAACAUUUUCACGACAUUUUUUUAUAGUGUUAAAAGAUCUCCGUGUCCAGUCUAGAUAUAUAUAUAUAGGUCUGUGAGCAUUCCUUUCUUUCCGUGCAUUAAAGAAUUUAAAAAGUCAAGACCACUUAACGAAUAUUAAAUAGACAUACUAGUCUGUAAGCCAAUUAGUAAAUAGAGGUAAUUCUUUUUGAACAAGCUGUACAAACAAAUUAUAACCAUAUUUUUUUGAGUGUCAAAAUCUAAUAUUUUGUUUCGUUCUCUGACUGUAAACACCAAAAAGUUUUGGAAAUUUCGUUUCGUUUACUUUAGUUGUUAUUGUUUAAAAACUGAAUUCGCUAUCACUUUAAAAAAAAAAAAAUCUUCAUUUACUCAGAGAUGGGCAAACCUUCGUUCGGUUUAAAAUAACACGCAAGCUUUUCUACGCUUCGGCUGUAUGGCCUCGCGUGCUUUCGUUCUGGUAAAUUCUACGUGAUCCCAUCAGCACAUCUACACAGACCACGUGAUCAGUGACGUAGUAUUUGCUCGCCUCGCUUUGUGCAAACAUGGAUGUUAUUUCCCUCCUUUUUUUUUAAAAACGUACUAAAGUUUGAAAAAAAACACACUUUUUAGAAGCUUUAAAAAAAACUGUCCAGAAUAGGUUUAAAAAUAGAUCUGGGAAUUCCCAUAAGUGGACGCACACUUCGGAUGUUUUGUAAGGUCAGGUACAGAAGUGAGAUAGGGUCUUAAAGGUACUUUGUUUGACCUCAUGAACUGGCCUUUUUUUUUUCUCGUAUUUUUUUUCUUAAAGUUUUAGUUCCCAAAGGUUACCCCUCAAAAAAAGUCCCCAGACAAAAUGCCAAUUAUUAAGAUUUUUCGUCCUUUAGCAACAAUAGAGUAAUCGAAAAUAAUGUAUUUCUACAUAAGCGUAGUCUUCACUGAUAUUUUAGUACGCCCCUGAGUCUCCCCUACUCUAAUGGCUACCUGACAUUAGUUGGGGAAAAGUAAAGGCGGUUGGACGCUGUGAAAACAUUCACAAAUUAUAAGAUAAGAUCUUUAUUGUUAUAAGUACGACGUGAAAAGCACAAUACUAAAUAUAUAUAUAUAUAUAGUUCGUACAUCGUGAUUCGAUGAUGACCACUUUUGUCAUCCAGGGGGGCUGAGGGCUUUGCACUGGGGUUUUGUGCUUCCUCAUGUGGCUGGUGAGACCUAUGUGAGCCCGGAAUGUUCGGCUGCACACUGGACAGGUUGUUGUUUUUUUUUUUUUGGGUGG